CCCACAAUUCAUUUCGUUAUUGAAAAAAGUCGGAGAUGAUGUCAUUUUUCGUAAACUUAACCCUCAUAUUAAUAUAAAUGUGUUGAAUAUAAUUUUCUUAACGAGUUGCACGUUUAUUUCAUGCUGGAAAGACUAAAUUUUAUUCCAAUUCCUGCAAAUCGGAGAUCCAAGUAGGAUCUGGUCCAUAAAGAAGAAUGGAUAGUGAUGAUGGUUUUAUGGACUACGAUGAACAGUCAGGGGACGAAGAAAUUAGCGAAGAGGACGACGACUUUGUGGAAAUGGGUCUCGAAGCUGAACCAAGUACAACACAAGACAAACGAGAGGCAGAAGAUUUUGCGUAUGAAGUAUUGCCAGCCGAUCAAAUAGUACAAUUUAUGGUGGAUUGUAUUAAAGAAGUCAACGCUGUUGUUCAGAUUCCUUCAACAGUCACCAGAAUUUUAUUAAAUCAUUUUAAAUGGGACAAAGAGAAGUUAAUGGAGCGUUACUAUGAUGGAGAUCAGGAUCGUUUGUUCUCUGAAGCUCAUGUAGUAAGUCCCCACCGAAGACCAGAUACAGGAGCCAGACCCAAGAAGAUGACCAGAUCUGCCACAGCAGCAGCUAGUACAGAGUCAAUCUGUGAGAUUUGCUAUACACCUGUUCCUGUAGUGGAAAUGACAGGCUUAGAAUGUGGGCAUAAAUUCUGUGUUCCCUGCUGGACAGACUAUCUUACCUCCAAAAUCAUGAAUGAGGGGAUGGGACAAACCAUUUCAUGUGCAGCAUAUGGUUGUGAUAUACUUGUUGAUGAUGCCACAGUCAUGAAACUUGUUACGGAUAGAAAAGUGAAAUUAAAGUACCAGCAAUUAAUCACAAAUAGUUUUGUUGAGUGUAACCGGCUGCUGAGAUGGUGCCCUGCCCCAGACUGUGGUCACGCAGUCAAAGUUCAGUACUUCGAUGCCAAGCCUGUUACCUGCAAAUGUGGUCACACCUUUUGUUUUGCUUGUGGAGAAAAUUGGCAUGAUCCUGUACAGUGUAAAUGGUUGAGGAAAUGGAUCAAGAAAUGUGAUGAUGACAGUGAAACCUCAAACUGGAUUGCUGCCAACACAAAAGAAUGUCCCAAAUGCCACGUGACCAUUGAAAAAGAUGGCGGAUGUAAUCACAUGGUAUGCAAAAACCAGAACUGCAAGGCAGACUUCUGCUGGGUGUGUCUAGGACCAUGGGAGCCCCACGGAUCCUCCUGGUAUAACUGUAACAGGUAUGAUGAGGACGAGGCAAAGAAGGCCAGAGAUAACCAAGAGAAAUCAAGAUCUGCACUCCAACGAUAUUUGUUUUACUGCAACAGAUACAUGAAUCACAUGCAGAGUCUAAAGUUUGAGAACAAAUUGUAUGCUUCUGUGAAGCUGAAGAUGGAGGAGAUGCAGCAGCACAUGUCGUGGAUUGAGGUCCAGUUCCUGAAGAAAGCAGUGGAUGUUUUGUGUCUGUGUCGCCAGACGCUUAUGUUUACUUAUGUCUUUGCUUUUUAUCUCAAGAAAAAUAACCAGUCCAUCAUAUUUGAGGAAAACCAGAAGGAUUUAGAGAAUGCCACGGAACAGCUGUCCGAGUACUUAGAGAGGGAUAUCACCUGUGAUAUGUUAAAUGACAUCAAACAAAAAGUCCAAGACAAAUAUAGGUACUGUGAGAGUAGAAGAAAUGUUUUACUGGAUCAUGUACAUGAAGGAUAUGAGAAAGAUUUAUGGGAGUAUUACAAUGAUUACUAGUUAUAUUUAUAAAAGUGAAAAAGACAUUUCAAAUUGAACUGAUUGGUAAAUAUAUUCUGGAUUGGAGUGUUGCAUAAAUGAAGUAAAUGUGACAAACAUUUCCACAAACAUUAGCUUCAUGUAUGACUUUUCAAAAGUUAUGUUUUGUUUGUGUACAGAAUGCAAGAUGUUGUUGUUUGAUUGUGAGGAAGAACAGGCUUUUCCUAUGGUGUUUUAUUUAUGUAAAAAUCCAUUAAAGGUCAGGUGAAUAAAAUCUUAGAGAAAAUGUUUUUAAUGCAGAGUGAAAUUAUCAAUAUUGUUGUUUUCUCACUUGUGUCAAGAAUAUCUUCAAGUUCAGUAUUUCUAUUUCAAUGUUAUACUGUACCAUGUAUUACAAUAUUUAGGCAUCUCUUAGUUAUUCUAUAUGUUAAAAACUCAAAAUCUUCUUUGUCUAUUUUUCAAUUUAUUAAAAAAUAAAAAAUAAAAAUUCAUAAAAAAAACUCCCAGGUUUUCUUAAGUAAAGAUGAGUAUUACCAUUUGUCAUAUUUUAAGGCUUCCAAUGUGAACAGAAAAACCAGGGUUUGUUGUAUUCAUGGCUCAUCAUCUCAUGAAUAAUUUGAUUGGAAUUUUUAGUUGCACUACAAAUUAGUAUAUAUACUCCAGUAAGAAGAAGCUUAAUUACAGACUUAAUUAAAUUUGUGAAUUGUCAGAAACUACGGUACUUGAAUUGAAUGGAAUUAUCUGCUGGUAUGAAGUCAAUUUUUGUAGAAUUUAUAUGCCCAAAGAAAGAAAUCAACUUUUUGGACAUUGCUGAAUAUAAAUGAGAGUGUUUUACUUGAUUGUAUUUUUUAUUUUUUUUUUACAGCAGUUUUUUAAGCAACCUUUAGCAAUAUCCUUAAUAAAUCACUGUGAAGCAUCCAUUCUUGAGUGUGAAAAUGUGUGUGUACAGAACAGUUUCUUUCAUAU